CUGCUGCUGCUGAUGCAAGCAUUGGCUUGGCCCUUUAUAUAUCUCUAUCUCUCUAUGCCGCCAUAAGACAAUGCAGAAAGGAAAAGUCCAAGUUGGGAAGAAGAGCACUUGAAGGCCCAACUAAGGCAAGAUUGGGUUCGUUAAUGGACAAUGCCCUAAAGGGCAAGAGCAAAUUCCGUUCUCCAAUACCAAAAUUAAGGCAAUUUCAUCCGAUUGAGUCAUUGAUUUUAUUUCAAAUUAAACAAAGUAUGCAAAAGGGUUUGUUUGGUGUGAUAGAUUUCAACUCCCACAAUGGUCAAAG